GGCGCUUUUAGUGUCACGCGGAUUUGCUCACGCACGCGGGAUUGGACCGCAUGCGUAAAAUUUCACGCUGCGGAUCAUACGCAGCAUGAGUUUCAGUUUUCUACGGGCUGCGUAACGGUAUAGACGUGUUCAAAAAUGAUCAAUGUCAGAAGAAUAUGUGUCGCUUACAUACUUUACAAACGACGAAACAAGAAGACAAGAGUACAUGUUGAUCCCUUUCUUGAAAAUAGGCUUCUUGCUGGGGCGUUUGUUACACGCUUUGGAAAACUACAAAAUAAUGAACGUAAAUUUAAAAAUUACUUUCGAAUGUCCAUUCGUUCUUUUGAUGAACUGUUGUGUAAAAUUGAGAAUAAGCUACAAAAAAGCAGUUUACGAAGGAUUACAAUACAACCGAUUGAGAGGCUCGCUAUUACAUUAAGAUAUUUGGCAACUGGUAAUACAUUCACUGAUCUACACUAUUCCUAUGUGAUUGGAAUUGCAACAAUUAGCGAAAUAGUAAGACAAGUUUGUUACAUAAUAUGGAUUGAACUAAAGUCUGAAUGUAUUCCACAGCUUAAUGGGAUCAAAUGGAAAGAAAUCGCAGAGGGAUUUCUCACAUAUACAAAUUUUCCUAAUUGCUUGGGUGCAAUUGAUGGAAAACAUAUAAGAGUGAUUCGGCCGCCGCACAGUGGAUCACUAUAUUUUAAUUAUAAGAAAUAUUAUUCUGUAGUGCUCCUCGCAAUGUGUGAUGCUGAUUAUAAUUUUACAUAUAUUAAUGUCGGUACCAGUGGAAGCAACGCCGAUUCAACCAUCUUUAGAAGGAGUCAAUUGUAUACGAAACUGGAAAGUAACACGUUGGGUAUCCCUGACCCGCAAGAGUUGCCUAUUAUUUGCCCCGAAGUAGCUUAUCCAUCUAGUGUAAGAGCAAAGUUGCCGUUCGUGAUAGUGGGAGACGAGGCAUUUGGUUUAUCAUCACAUGUGAUGCGGCCUUAUGCUCGUGAUGAUUUACCUUACAAAAAGAAAAUAUUUAAUUACCGUCUGUCCAGAGCUAGAAGGUACAUAGAAUGCACUUUUGGAAUUAUGUCAAAUAAAUUUAGAAUAUUUCACAGAUCCAUGAAUGUCAAGUUAGAUCUAGCACAAUUAAUAGUCAAGACGGCAUGUGUACUUCACAAUUUCAUAAGGAAACGGGAUGGCUACAAGGUCAGCCAUACAUUUGUCACAAAUGGUUUUACGGGACCACUACCCAGGCAGCAGACUGAAAGUAGUAAUACGUCGGCAAGUAAUAUCAGAGAUAUAUUUGCAGAUUACUUUAUCAAUGAAGGAAAAGUCUCCUGGCAACACCGAUAUAUAAUUAAUUAACUAAACUCAAAAGGUUUUAGAAGGUUUUUGAUGUUAUUUGUGAAUUAAAUAAUUAUGCUUAUAUUAAUAAAGUAAUGAUGCUUGUAUAAAUAAAAUAAUGAACCAAACACA